AAUAGUUUGUAAUUUUAAACUAGCAUAAUACUUUGUGCCUUUCACAUAUAUUUUUCAGUGUUCUUCCUGUGCAAUACUUUGCAGAGGAAUGCAAGCUUCAAAGAUUGAAAACAGAAGAAAAGCAGAGCCAUUCUACUGGCUGUCAGUGGCAAAGCCUAAGACCAGUGCUGAGAUUGUAAAUGAAGCCAGAGAUGCUCUACGAACAGUAAGAACUCAAAGACCAUUCACACCUACAGAUGAACAAAGGAAACUUUUUGGGUCUCGAWCCUCACAAUGUCCUCAAAGUAGACCUGCUUCAGUUUUUAGUCUUCAUGCAUCCAGUUUUGAUUUGGCUGAAUCAAGACCACUUUCUGGUGUUCGUCUAAGCCCACUGGGUCAUAAACCAAUGCUAAUCAGUUCUGCAAAAGAUGAAGAUUCUUCUGUUUUCCUUCCAAAACCUCCAGCUGAUGCUGCAGAGGUUAGAAAAGUCAGCAAUGCUCAGAAAGGCUUGUUUAGAGCAACUUCUCUGGGAAAUUUAUUUUCUUCUGAAGUAGUUCCUCCAGAUCAGAAUGAAGAGAAGCUAGAUUUUGAAGAACCAACUAUGAUGAUGAAUAAUCUUGACAGAAGUAAUAAUAACUGCUUAGCAGAGCGAAAGUUGUACACAUCAUUUAAUGAUGAAAGUAGACAAUUAAUUUGUAAUGAGYAUGUCAGCAGAUCAGGAAGUGAAGACUCCAUGAAAGGGACACCAGGAAAAUUUUCAUUUCAGCUGCAGGGAGAAAGAAGUGUCAACAGUGAUGGCAGCUUUGCUGAUGAAGAGCAACAGUUUCCCUGUGACGAGGUGAAAGAGCCYGGCAAAAAGUCAUCACAGCCAAGGAGUUCACACUGGAAGAGAAGAGUAACAGGCUUAAAGAAUGAAACAAAAAUAAAUGAAUGGGACGAGGAAGAUAUCUUUUGGCAGAAAAGGAUUCUCCCAAUUCUACAGGAACUGGAAAAAAAAGACAAUAUAGAAAACCUUUGUCUGGCUUGUACCAAGCUCUAUCAAGCAUUGAAUGAAGGAAAUAUGCUUGGAAAAAGAUUUAAAAGAAGAAAUGUGCUUCUGAAGACAUUAUAUAAACUUGUAGACAUUGAUUCAGAUCCACUUUGCCUGAAGCUGGCAAAGAUUAUUGUAGCUAUGAAAGUAGAUGGAAGAAAUCUUCUUAGUGUUUGCAAGUUAGCAUUUAAAAUUUGCAAGGACAAAAAGAAUGAUUUAAUCGUUCAAAAUGACACAUUUCAAAAGGAUGCAUUAUUGGAUUAUUUGUUGGAGGUUCUGAGAAAUGAAGAUCUACAAAAAAACAACGAAGCUCUCGUCUAUUGCAUGGGAGCUAUAAAAUUCAUGUCUGGAAAUGCAGUACUCCUUAAUGAAAUGGUCAACAAAGGAGCUGUUGAAAUGUUGCUGCAAUUAAUGAAGCAGAUUAAUAACAUAAAAGAACAUGACACAUAUUUCUCCAACUUGGGCCACUUAUUAGUCCAGCUGGCAGCCACUGUGCGGACCCUGGCUGACUUUGCUCCGGCGCGGUGCCGCCUCAGCUGCAGCGGUGCCGUCUCCGAGCUCUGUGUGGCGCUGGAGCAGCGCGGCGCCGAUAAGGACGUGUGCACCUGCAUAGUCCGGAUCCUCAGCAAACUUUCUUCCUACAAUGACUUCUGUGCAGCUUUAGCAGACUGCUCCAGAUGUUACAUCUUAUUUUUAGCCCUACUAAACAAACACCAGAAGCAGCAGGAUAUAGUUAUCCGUAUCAUCUUCAUUCUUGGUAAUUUAACAGCAAAGAAUAACAAGGCCCGUGAGCAAYUUUUUAAAGAAAAAGAAAGUGUUAACACCUUGACAUCAUUAUUCCAAACCUACUAUGAACUUGAUUUGAGUACACAGAGAUGGUACCAUGAUAGAAAAGGAAAAGGAAAAAACCACCUAAAACAUCCUUCAGAAGCAGAAGAUGUUCUGAUAAAACUGAUAAGAGUGCUGGCCAACCUCUCMAUUCAUCCCAGCAUAGGAGCAGCUCUGGCAGCUGCCCAUCCUGUUGUAGGAUUACUUGUUACAGUUCUAGAAUACAAGUCAGUCGAUGACUGUGAAGAGUUGGUCAUCAAUGCUGCAACAACAAUCAACAAUUUGUCUUACUAUCAAGUGAAGGAUUCUGCAGUUCAAGACAAGAAGCUACACAUUGCUGAAAAGCUUUUAAAGCUGUUAAUGAGUGACAAUAUGGAUGCAGUUGUGGAGGCCGUCAGAGUCUUUGGCAAUCUUUCCCAGCAUCAUGAGAUCCGUGACUUCAUCAUGCAGAAAAACAUAUACAAGUUCAUGAUUACUUUGCUCGAUUCCAAGAAGCGAGAUGUAUGUUUUUUUGCCUGUGGAGUUCUGCUCAAUCUCACAGUAGAUAAGAACAAACGAGCUUUUCUGAUGGAAGAAGGAGGAAUUGGAAAACUGGUUGACUGCUUACAAGAYUUUGGGCCGGCAGACUGGCAGCUCUCGUGUUUGAUCUGCAAAACCCUGUGGAACUACAGYGAGAACAUGACAAGCACGGCCUCCUGCUUCGGAGGAGACACCRACACACUGCUGGCACUGCUCACGUCACUUUUAGAUGAAGAGGUAGAGUUGGAUUGCAGCCUCGACAGAGAYAUAAUGGACUGCCAAAGAGUAUAUUGGGAAAGAGAGUUCAAACCCGUGGCAGAAAAACUUCUUGACAGAAUUCAAAGCCAUCACUCCUUUCUUCCAGCUGAGCCUAUCACUUCAUUUUAAUCAGUUGGUUUUUUUUGUGGUGUAAAUUGUAUAGCUUUGUAUUUCUAAUAUACCUGUACAUUGCUAUUGGUAAGGUUGUGGGAGAGAAUGGCUAUUUAAAAAAAAAAAAAAAAGGUCAGAAAAGUCUGGCAUUUAUGUACUGGGUGCUAUCUUUUGAAGAGCUUGUGUGGAAUUUUUGCAUGUGUAAUUAAUUUUUACAAUAUACUUGAGCUGAUGAAGCAGCUGUUCCAUGUAACUUGUCUAGUAAUUGCAUCAUUCCUUG